UCCGCAAAUAAUCUUUCCAUUCUACUUUUUCAUCCCAACUCUUCCAAAUAUACUCUCAACCCAUUACUCCAUUUUCUUUCUCCCCAUUCGGCCAUUCCUUUUUCUCGACAAGGACUAUUCAGUAUUCAUAUUAAGGUCAGUUCCUUUUCUCGCCGUCAUGAUUGUUUCAGAUUCUGAUUCGGCUACCCCAUCGUCCAAUUCUUGCCAAGCCGAUCAAUCGGCCUCUGGCCGCAACCCCGGCCACACUCAAUCACUCCAGCCGUCACCGUCGGCCGUGUCUGGCCAUAAACGGCGUCGAUUGAGGAAGCAAUUCCCUUCCUCAACCCCGGUAGACGAGGGCUCGAGGGUUGGAUUGGACGAAAAUAUCAUGGCGCUGUGCCAUUGCCAGAUUACUGACCGGGGGUUCGCCGAUGCUACUGACAUGGUCGGACCUUCCAUUGAAGUCAUGAGACCUACCAGCACCCAAACCGCCCUGGACGCCCCUUCAGGGUUCUUCACGGUCCAUCUGGCGUCUUUGAAGAAGGGGCUGCGCUUCCCACUCCACCCGCUUUUGAUCGAAUUCCUCAAUGUGGUGGACCUUCUCCCGUGUUCAGGGCGCCCUUCCUUCCGCCGCAUCCCAUGCCCCCCAUCUGAUGCCACCCUUUUGUCCAUUACUCGCCAACUUUGCAACAAGGGAGUCAUGAACAUCAAAGAGGUGGUGACAGAGGAAACCCUUGCCGGGUUGGGGUUUGAGUUUGUUCAGGAUGAGCUUCGCCACCAACCCGACCUACUGAGGGACAUUCCUGGGGGGCAUCAGCCCGUACAGCUGAAGGACAUUCCUGAGGAAGGUCUUGACUGUGGUCCUUUUGUGGAAUCACAAGAUUCAGGAGAAGAGAUGGACGGCGAUCUCCUACUCAGUCGCUUCACUGCAGGGAGGAAGAGGAAGAGAGAGACGAAAGGCCAGGGCAAACGCCCUUCGUCCCACCAAGGGGAGGGUCCCUCCCAAGAGCCGGCUGUAAUUGUAGUGGAGGACCAGGAUGAUGCUACCCUGGAAACGGGUAUUGCCUCGGAGCGACCUCCUUCGCCUCCCGCAGUGACCUACGAGGUGGCGACCGGGGGUCGCUCGACGAGGCUUUGCAUUCCUCCUCUGCUCCAAAGCCUAGGGGACGUGCAACUGGAGACCCUGAUCACCUUGCCCGCGGAGGAUCAAGCUCGCAUCUCGGCCGGUUCUGAGGACGACCUUGAUAACAUGGUCCUUUUGAGGCUAAGCCAGGCCACGCUGGGGAUGAUUGAGGUGGUCGGUAGGAGACGGGGUCACCAGGCUGCCUUGGGCGAGGCGUUGAAGACAUCGGAGGCCAAGCAGAAGGAAUUGCAGGAGGAGGUCGCCCGACUCACAAGAGAGCUGGGGGAGAAGGAAGAUCGUUACGCGGCGCUUGCUGCAGAGAAAACUUCCCAGGAGAACCGCUGCGUCGCCCUUGAGGCAGACAAGGCCGCCUUGUCCUUGGAGGUAGGAUCUGUUUCUGCUCGCGUGGUCGAGCUGGAGGGGGGAAAAUCUGACUUGAUUCAGCAGUUGGAAGGGGAGAGGAACGACCGGAUCCGCUAUGCAGAGGAAGCAGUAGAAUCCUUCAAGUCUUCUCCUGACUUCACGAUGGUCGCGAUGGAGCGGAUGGAAGAGCUUACAGCUGCUUGGCUCGAAACCGAGCCUGGGGCUCAGUGGAUGGUCAGGGAGGGGACCAAAUCCUUCAACUGUGGACUCUUCCGCGCCCAGCAGGUCUUCCGCGACAGACUGGCUCAGCUCCCCAAGGGAUUCUCUCUUCCCGACCUUGGCUUCCCUCCUCCCUGCCGUUCCUUGGCCGAGUUUGACCCCAGUCCUUAUCUGGACGGGGGGAGCUCGAACCCUUACGAAUUCUGUCGCCGGUUGCCUCGCCGACAGUGGCCGUCGGUAAAACCGCCGCCACUACCACCAAACCCUUAUGAAGACUUCAGUGAGGCGUACAAGGCCCUCUCUGCCAACCGCCUGCCUAACGGGCGGAUUGAUUGGGAUGCUCCAUGCCCCCUCCAUUCCCUGCAAUGCAUGGCCUGGGAGAGCUUUCAUGAUGAGCACUUACCCCUCCUGGAGCAUGAGUGCGCGUACUACGCAAGUCUUGAACAAUGGACUAGCGAAAGUCGCACCAACUCGCCGGUGAGGCCUAAGGAUGAGGUUGUGUUGGGGGAAGAACUGGGUUCCAGCCCACCUCGCCCCACCAACCGCUCAACUCCCUGGAAAACCCGUGAUGCUGGUUGGGGUUCUGGAAGAAGUGAACCGCCCUCCGUCCUUCCUUGGUAUUUGAAGGACGGUGGGUUUUUGCCAAGGCUGGGGGCGACCGAUCCUGUUCCAUGUUGGGGAAGAAAGGAACUAAAAGAUCAAAUGGCAUCAAGGAUGUUCAACGCAGGAGUGACCGAGGGACAAUCAACCACGAGGCCACCUUUGUUCGAUGGAACAAACUACUCGUAUUGGAAGGAGAGGAUGAAAAUCUUUAUCCAAUCCAACGACUACAAGCUGUGGUUGAUUGUGAAAAACGGCUGCGGAGUCCCGAUGAAGAAAGUUGGUGAAGUCGACGUCCCCAAAACCGAAGAGGAGUUCACCGACGAAGAUUGCAAAAAGAUGGAGCUCAACGCAAAGGCAAUAAACAUGAUUUAUUGCGGUGUUAAUGCGGAUGACUACCGUAAAAUCUCGCGGUGUGAAACCGCAAAACAAAUGUGGGAGAAAUUGGAGGUCACCUAUGAAGGAACCGCGCAGGUUCGGGAGGCCAAAAUCGACCAUCUUACUCACGAGUACGAACUCUUCUCAAUGAAGGAAAACGAGAAGAUUGAAGAAAUGUUUGAGAGGUUCUCUAACAUCAUCAAUCCUCUCAAUCUUCUCGGGAAGACCUACACCGACCGAGAACUCGUGAGAAAGGUGUUGCGAAGCCUAUCCCCCAAAUGGUGUUCAAAGGUGGACGCAAUCGAAGAAGGUCGUGACUUCCAAACAACGACCUAUGAUGCUCUUCGAGGUAAUCUUAUUACCUACGAAACCACCCAACUCUCAAAGGUGGUUGAAGAGAGGAACAAGAGGUCUAUUGCUCUACCCGCAACAACGUCAACACACAACAACAUUGAUGAUGAAGAUGAUGACAGCGACGACACCGACCUCGGACUCUUUGUCCGAAAAUUCAAGAAGAUGAUGCUCAAGAAGGGAGCCAAGAAAAACACUCCACCCAAGUGCUAUGGUGAUGGUACUCGUUUUUCCCAUCUCCGUUUUGCCAUCCCGAUCAUGCAUAUCCUUGCUCGUAGCAAAGUGGAUUUUACUCGGGACACUCAGGUGCCGGUUAAGAAGACUUGUUUCAUCACUAAAGCCAAGUUUUCCCGGAUCGUAUACCGUGAGGAGGGCGAUGCUGCACCAAAUCUGGACCUGAUAGUCACAGAAGAAGAAGAGAGCCAAAGCGAGACUCAAGCUGAGUCAUCUCAAGCCGGAGGAAGUCGAACCACGAAUCGCGUCACUCGUCAACGCAAGACUCGCCCGAGAGAAGAAGCACCAGAACCUUCUUGGGUGAAGAGAAUCUUUGAUACUCUCACUUGCAUUCGAGACGACGUUCGCCAGCUCAACGAGAGGAUGACUCGUUUCGAGCAUUCCCGCUCCUACCGUGGCCCGCGUCACAGCUUCAGCGGAGGAGCUCGUCCGGCGAACUCUCUUUGAUUAUUUUUCUCUUCUGUCUUAACUUAUUAUGAUACAUUGCUAUUUGCUAUUGUUGUUAUAACUCUUUUGGUGGAUGAUGAUGUUGCUAAUUAUGCAUUGUUUGUUGGUUUGACAAUUUGGUUCUCUAUUAGAACAUAUUGUCCCUUUGUGGCUAUUAAAAGUUUUUUUUAAAGAAAACUCUUGCAAAUUU